AUGGUGUCCAACAACGCAGAAAACAUGAUGAGAAUUGCCAUAGCCGGUGCUGGUGGACUCGCACGACUCUUUGCCCAUUACAUCCACGAGACUGCUCAUCAGGUCGUCAUCCUCUCCAGACAGCCACGUCCCGAACUCGAAGCUCUUGACUAUACAGUUCUAGUCGUGAACUACGACAGCCAGGCGGAACUCCGUCAUGCACUCAGAGGUAUUGAUCUGGUGAUCUCUACGGUCUCUGGCAAUCCUCAGAUCAACCUCAUGGAUGCAGCUGCUCAUGCCAAUGUAACAAGAUUCGUCCCAGCAGAAUUCGAAGGACCACCAUCACGGAGGCCGCGAAACGAUCCUAUGGACCGUGGUAGAGCAGCGUGUCUAGAAAGACUCCGACACUGGUCUCGUCAUAACCGACACCCCAUGCCAUCGACGGUAUUUGCAUGUGGUGUUUUCUAUGAACGAUUCGCACGUGGAGGUCUUGGAAGUAUGGAUAUUGGCGUUUCGUCAAAUUGUUACUACCCAGGCUCCUACCUAAUGAACAUCGAACUUGGCACAGCAGAGAUCGUCGAGACAACCACAUCCGGGAACCCCAUCUCGGUUGCCAUGACGUCCAUCAACGACGUGGCCAUGUUCAUUGUUGCUGCACUCGACCUGGGAAUCGAAAACUGGCCAGGCGAGUUCAGGAUGCAGGGAGACCGCAAGACUGUGACUGAAAUAAUACAGUAUGCUGAGGCGGUGAAAGGAGGAACUCCUUUCGAAACAGACGUCAUCCAAGCCAGAGACUUGAAUACCCAUCUCGAACACGCAUCCUACUACCAGGACUACUCGAAAGUAGCUCGGAUACAAGAGCUUAUCGCAACGGAGCAGCGACGCUACGACUUCACCCAGCCGAACCUUAACGCAGUUGUUAACUUCGUCCCGACGUCAUUCUGGAACUGGCUGCACAAUGUUUGGGGCAUCUAG